GUAAAGUGAUUGGGAGUGUUUUUGUAUUUUAUUAUGGCUCGUACGAAGCAGACGGCCCGCAAGUCCACCGGCGGCAAGGCGCCCCGCAAGCAGCUGGCCACCAAAGCGGCCCGCAAGAGCGCCCCGGCCACCGGCGGCGUGAAGAAGCCUCACCGCUACCGGCCCGGCACCGUGGCGCUGCGGGAGAUCCGCCGCUACCAGAAGUCCACCGAGCUGCUGAUCCGCAAGCUGCCCUUCCAGCGGCUGGUGCGGGAGAUCGCCCAGGACUUCAAGACGGACCUGCGCUUCCAGAGCUCGGCCGUCAUGGCCCUGCAGGAGGCCAGCGAGGCCUACCUGGUGGGGCUCUUCGAGGACACCAACCUGUGCGCCAUCCACGCCAAGCGGGUCACCAUCAUGCCCAAGGACAUCCAGCUGGCCCGCCGCAUCCGCGGAGAGAGGAGGGUGGUAGGGUUAAGGGUCGUAGUCAUGUCUGGCCGAGGAAAGCAAGGGGGCAAGGUUCGCGCCAAGGCCAAGACCCGCUCGUCCCGGGCGGGGCUGCAGUUCCCGGUGGGCCGCGUCCACCGGCUGCUGCGCAAGGGCAACUACGCGGAGCGGGUGGGGGCGGGCGCGCCCGUCUACCUGGCCGCCGUGCUCGAGUACCUGACGGCCGAGAUCCUGGAGCUGGCGGGCAACGCGGCCCGCGACAACAAGAAGACCCGCAUCAUCCCGCGGCACCUGCAGCUGGCCAUCCGCAACGACGAGGAACUCAACAAGCUGCUGGGCAAGGUCACCAUCGCCCAGGGCGGCGUCCUGCCCAACAUCCAGGCCGUGCUGCUCCCCAAGAAGACCGAGAGCCACCAUAAGGCCAAGGAAUUUCCAACCAAAAGGAAUAGUAUUGUCUCGGAUGUAAUGGAUGUGUCUGGGCACAAAACAGAAACAGUACUGCUCAAUCCAGACACAGUACUGGAAUUUCAAAAUUACCUACCCAAGAAAACUCCGCAGUGCGGAGUAUUUGUAAGAAUGGCUCGUACGAAGCAGACCGCUCGCAAGUCCACCGGCGGCAAGGCGCCCCGCAAGCAGCUGGCCACCAAGGCGGCCCGCAAGAGCGCCCCGGCCACCGGCGGCGUGAAGAAGCCUCACCGCUACCGGCCCGGCACCGUGGCGCUGCGGGAGAUCCGCCGCUACCAGAAGUCCACCGAGCUGCUGAUCCGCAAGCUGCCCUUCCAGCGGCUGGUGCGGGAGAUCGCCCAGGACUUCAAGACGGACCUGCGCUUCCAGAGCUCGGCCGUCAUGGCCCUGCAGGAGGCCAGCGAGGCCUACCUGGUGGGGCUCUUCGAGGACACCAACCUGUGCGCCAUCCACGCCAAGCGCGUCACCAUCAUGCCCAAGGACAUCCAGCUGGCCCGCCGCAUCCGAGGCGAGAGGGCUUAAACCUCUUAAUUGACAUUGCUUGCUGCUAGCACCACCCAAAGGCUCUUU